GACGAUGCUCCCAGAGCCACGGUUCACACGUGACUCAUCCCACCGUUCUCCCACGCAAUCUCUUCUCCUCGCGGGUCUAGUUACCUACCUCUUCACCAUUUGCUAUGGCAUUCUUCCGCAACGCUGCUGCGACAGCGGUCAUCGCUCUCGUCACGGCAACUUCCUCGUCCAAGCGUGGGCUCUGCGUCAUACCACCUAGAGACAACCCUCACCACGCCGAAGACAACGCUAUCUGGACCACAACUUCUGGCUCUCGCUCCCGCCUGAAAUGGUAUUACAACUACAAAUCCACACCCACUGAGGGAUAUCAGGAUAUGGCCGGCUUCGAGUUCGUGCCUAUGUUUUGGGGCGCCCCUGAAGGCGGCUUUACUGGCGAUACACCCUUCCUUGACAGCGUCCGACACCAAGUCAAGUCCGGCUCGAAUAUCACCCAUGUCCUCGGCUUCAACGAGCCUGACGGUCCCUUCCAGUACGGCGCUUCGAACAUUCCCGCACAGGUAGCGGCCAAGGAGUGGAAGAGACAAAUGGAGCCGCUGAAGGAGCAAGGAAUCAAGCUGGGUGCUCCCGCUGUCACCGGAACCCUAGAUGGCGCCAUGUGGCUCCAGGACUUUUUCUUCUACUGCAACGGCACCUGCAACCCCGACUUCCUUCCGCUUCACUUCUACGGCAGUUUCGAGGCUAUGGCCAGCAAGAUAGGUGAAAUGACUGUUGCAUACCCUAAGCUACCGAUUUGGGUAACGGAAUGGGGCUACAGCCACCAGGAUCUUCCCACUACACAGCACGCCUUCAACGAGUCGAUCCGCAUGUUUGAUGACUGGAGCAAUAUCACCCGAUACUCAUAUUUCGGUGCGUUUCGAUCGGACACCUCAAACGUUGGCCCGAAUUCAGCCAUGCUGACCGAGAAGGGCGAAUUGACAGACAUCGGGUCGUGCUACCUGGGUGGAUCGAGGACCAACAAAAUACCUCAUAGCAGUUGGGCCGAACACUUGAGAGUGAAGGAGAAAACGAUACGAUUGGGCGCCCUUUUUGCUCUUGUAGGAGUACUUGGAGACUGGUGAUUACUCUUGCCCACGUGAGCAGGCUGGCUGGCACACCACUUAUUUUCCUUCUAGUACUCUGGGCAUUUAGGGAUGCUUUGGGGAAUCUUUGGCCCCUCUGUUUGAGGUUUGGGGGAGCCGACAUAAGCACGCAGAAGAACGACCAGAUGACUAAAACAAUGCUAUUUCAUCCCCCUCGCUAACGAACUUAUAUGCAUCCAGGCCCCCGGCCGCGCAGUCCGUGAAUUACAAAAUAUGCUGUCAGAGUCUAUGUAACAAACCAGG